AUGACGACGCUCGCCGAACCCCAUGUGUUGAAGCUGGCGGAGGAGAUUGACUACGAGGCGCUCCCCGAAGACGCCUCGGUGGCGGCGCACUUGGCGGCGGGGGCGUUUGCAGGGAUCAUGGAGCACACGGUGAUGUUCCCGUUGGACUCGAUCAAGACGAGAAUGCAGAUGAUCGGGCUGGGCCAGCUGACGACGUUGUCGCUGUCGGUGCUUGCGCUGAUCCGCAAGAUCUCGCUGGCCGAGGGUGCCCGCUCGUUGUGGCGCGGGGUGCUGCUGGUGGUGCUCGGCGCCGGGCCCGCCCACGCCGUGUACUUCUCGGUGUUUGAAGCUACUAAGACCCAGUUGGUCAACAGCUUGACUAACUCGCCCAAGACCAAUAAGAUCGUUACUGACGAAAGACACCCGAUGAUCGCGUCGCUCGCCGGGGUUGCUGCCACUGUGGCCCUGGACGCCUUAAUGAACCCCUUCGAUGUGAUCAAGCAAAGAAUGCAAGCGCUGUCGGCGGAAAAGAAGGUCGGCCAACAGCUGAAGGACUUCUUGAAGACGGCGGCCUCCAUUUACCGCAACGAAGGGUUCGGCACUUUUUACUUGUCGUACCCCACCACUCUUAUCACCAACAUCCCGUUCAACUCGCUCAAUUUCGGGUUCUACGAGCUCUCGCUGCAGAUGCUCAACCCUGAAGGCGACUACAACCCGUGGGCCCACUGCCUCGCGGGUGGUAUCGCUGGUGGUACCGCUGCCGCGUUGACCACUCCCUUGGACUGUAUCAAGACCCUCUUGCAAACGAAGGGGUUGUCGGAACGGGCGGAAGUGAGACUGGUCACCGGGUUCUGGCUGGGGGCCAAGGUGUUGUACCGUUUGGAAGGGUUGAGCGGCUUCACCAAGGGAUUGAAGCCGAGAGUCUUGUUCAACAUCCCGGCGUCGGCGAUCUGCUGGACGUCGUACCAGCUUGCCAAGGAGGUGAUGCUCCGCUAG